AUGCCACAAGAUCUGCCCCCCGUUGGCGGAUACGGCCCUGUGCAGUACAAGCGAAAUAUCCCCGCGCGUGGAUUUCGGCCUGGACUCGUGCUGAUGGGCGUGGGGGCCCUGAUGACAUAUGGCUUCUAUAAGUUGGGAACGGGGAUUCGGGAACAUAAUGAACUCGCACGGGAAAAGCUAUGGUCGAGAAUUCAUCUCAUUCCUUUAUUGACGGCUGAGGAGGAUCGGGAUCUGGCGAGGAGGCAUUAUGCGGAUCAGGCGAGGGAGAAGGAGUUAUUGGGCACUCAGACGAGUCCUUAUAAUUCGGAUCGUUACGUCCGGCCUACAUUCGCCAUCACGCCAGCUCAAAUUACAAAAUAA